CUUCUUGUCUUCCUUCUUAUAUUCUUCUUCUUCUUAUUCUGCUUCUUCUUCUUCUAGCUCCUCCGGCUAUUGCCUCCUCUUUUUCUUCCAUUCAAUGCUGCUGGAUUAACUAUUUAUAUACGUUUAUAAUUACAUUAUUGAUAUAAUUUUAGGAAACAUUAGGGAGAUAAUCAAUGAGAUCUUCACUGUCAGACGUGGCUCUUGUCGGUGAUCUAGUAAGACAGCCAACUAUUUCCGCGGCAUUGGCAGACGUGAUGUUCAUCGGUGAUAAGCGCAGGGCUCGAGGCACCUCCUUAUGUGCAGACGUUAUCCUUGUCGUAAUUGUGAGUGCGUUUACCGACAUGAUUUUCAUCUACCUCGGUGAUUUAAUUACCGAGCCGGGCUUUACCGAGGCAGCCAUUACCGACGUGAUGCAAGUGGGUAGUUUGUUUCACCGACCAGAUUCCCUCUUUCUCCGACAUGGUUUCUCGUCGGUGAUACAGUGAAUUCUUGUAGUGUCUGUCCUUUGUUUUGGCAUUGAGACAAAGUCGAGCUCUGUCUUACCCUGUGACAGGGCGUCGAGUAUUGUCCUCUAUUCUGGCACUAUGACAAAGUCGAGCUCUGUCUUCUGUACACGUGGCUUUCUUAAUCAUCAUUAUUGUGACAUAAUGUGUCUGACGGGGCAAGCAUCUUUGGUGGACAUAACAUGUCUUAAUGGAGCAACCCCAAUAAAUGAGCGUGACGUAU